AUAAAUCCCCUAAUCUUUAGCAUUAUCUUACUCACAAUUAUAGCAGGAACUUUAAUUGUCAUAAUUAGCUCUCACUGAUUAUUUAUCUGAAUUGGCUUCGAAAUAAACAUGCUUGCCACCAUUCCAGUCCUAAUAAAAAAUUUCAGCCCCCGAUCCAUAGAAGCCUCCACUAAGUAUUUCCUUACCCAAGCUACCGCAUCAAUACUACUCAUGCUAGGGGUAAUUAUUAACUUACUAUAUUCAGGUCAAUGAACUACCACAAAAAUCUUCAACCAAACCUCAUCCAUCAUAAUCACUACCGCCCUAACCAUAAAACUGGGACUGGCCCCAUUCCACUUCUGAGUACCAGAAGUCACACAAGGCAUUCCCUUAGCAUCAGGACUGAUCCUAUUGACCUGACAAAAACUAGCUCCCCUUUCCGUGCUCUACCAAAUUGCCCCAUCCAUUAACUCAAACAUACUAUUAACUAUAUCUGUCCUAUCAAUUAUAAUUGGAGGCUGAGGGGGGCUUAAUCAAACGCAACUACGAAAAAUUAUAGCCUACUCAUCAAUUGGACACAUAGGCUGAAUGACCGCAGUAAUAGUCUACAACCCCACUAUAACAGUACUGUACCUACUAAUAUAUCUCACAAUAACAAUCACAAUAUUUAUACUAUUUAUAAUCAACUCCACUACUACACUCCUUUCUCUAUCACAAACCUGAAACAAAACACCCGUCAUUACAACACUAAUUCUCACUGUUAUAAUGUCCAUAGGAGGCCUCCCUCCCCUAUCUGGAUUUGCACCCAAAUGAAUAAUCAUCCAAGAAUUAACAAAAAAUGACAGCAUCAUUCUUCCAACUAUAAUAGCCAUAAUAGCACUAUUAAACCUAUACUUUUAUAUGCGACUAACAUACUCCACAGCACUCACCAUAUUCCCCUCAUCUAAUAACAUAAAAAUAAAAUGACAGUUUGAAAAUACAAAACGAAUACCAUCGCUGCCAAUUAUAGUAGUUCUAUCUACUAUAAUACUACCUCUCACCCCUAUAAUAUCAGUACUAUACUAG